AUUAAAUUAAGAUCUUCUCAUUGCUCCCGUUUACUGAUGUUACGACAUUUUAAUAAGGUUGUUUUCUGUUCCGUGACGAUGCCUCUAAUUACAGCACGUGAUCAUAGACAAAAUUUCAAUAUAUAGCAAGGGAGGCUACUUUGUUGUACAAAUGGAAAGACCAGCUGUUGUCAUAUAGAGUGACCCCCCCUUUUAGUCAAGUAAAGAAAUCUUGCUUGUGCCAGCUUUUUUUUUGGUUUUGUGAGAGCCGGUCACUCAUUUAGGAUGAAAACAGUAAAAUGACAACUAAAUAUGUCGAGAGGGCUUUGCUCAAGAUUUCUAAUGGCACUCCCAGACAAAUAUAUAACAUUUUGGUAGAAAUUCGAACAAAAGUUAUCAAAUCAUCAGCCGGUAUCCGUGAGCUCAUCCAACAUGGAUUUGUACACAAGGCUCUAUUCCUGUUAUCGGACGAUAUACGAGAACAACAGCUGCCACAGACAACCGACAUCGUUCUCAGUGUCCUUGGCAACCUGUGUAUGGAGGAAAAGGCCAGGAAAGACGUACAUAAAUGUGGAGGGAUACCUACCCUAGCGGACCUGUUUUGUACCUCGGAGUCUGUCAGUAUUCAGAACCGCAGCUGUAGGACACUGUCCAAUGCAGCUCUGCUACCUGUGAAUGCUGAUGCUGUACAUGGGACUGACACUUUGGACCGUGUGGUGGAGUUCCUACAACUUACACCUAGUAAAGAGAGCAAACUCAUCUACUGCAGGAUUAUCAGGUUGCUGGGAAAGACACAGAAACACCAGGAGAAACUGGUGGCUGGUGACGCUGUGCGAUGUGUGGUGAAAUUACUGUCGGAUGAAGACAGAGAGGUGAAGAGUGCUGCAUUACGUAUGGUGUUCGAGACAUCAACUCAAGGGUGCAGCAGUGGUUAUGCCAGUCAAGUUGUGAGUGCAGGUGGUAUUGCUGAGCUGUUGUCAGCGGUAACACACGAAGACAGUACUCUCGCCCACCAGUCCUUUACCACUCUCAUACGGUUGGCUGAUCAUUCUCAUGCACGGGCAGAGCUGGGCAAUGCUGGUGGAAUCACACAAUUCAUUGACUACUUUGAAGGUGAAGGUGACUUUGAUAAAGACAAGAGGUUUUCUGUCCUCAAUGUUCUGUGUGCUUGCUGUAAGGAUGUGGUUAACCGUGUGAAGAUUAGAGACAACAACAUACUGCCAAAGUUCCUGGAGUGUCUAAAGGACACACAUUACAAACGUUUACAUGACCGUCUGAUCAGUGCUCUGCUGUGUUUUUUGUAUGAUGAAAGCAGUUUGGAACUUUUACUUCAGAAUGGUCUUGUACCACUUUUACUCAUUCAUCUUCAAAGAGUGGCCGAGUUCACCUCAACUGUGGUCAAACUUGACAAGGAACCAGCAGAUCUAGAUACAAUUACAUCAUCUGUUUCAGAGGAACUGGACACAACUGAUAUCUCACAUGAAUACCAGACACAGCCGUUUGAUACAGCAGAAACAGAGGGGCAGUCAGAAUCAGUAUUGGACUCCAGCAAUGUGCAGAGAAAACUGAUAGUAACAGAUCAUAAACAGGGAAGUAUAUGUGAAGACAAGGAAAAAGUUAGUGGAAAUACUCAGGUGGGACCAACGAACCAAGAUAAUUCAGAGAAAUCUGCAACACUCACAGAUAAGAAAUACCAUUACAGUAUUGACAGCCCUACUUACCAGGUGUCGUCAGAGUGGACCCUUGAUGCCUACAGUCAGGGGGCCAAGUGUAAGUCAUUCACCCAGGAGCAGACCUCCCCACAGUACCCCAGUACUAGUCCCCUGAGCACCAUAUCCUAUUACUCACCAAGUCUCUCUCCAGGGGACUACAGCCCUACCAGCCCUUCCAGCCCCACCAUGUCAAAGGUCAAUGAAGACCCGAACUACGGAUUAGUUUGUAGUUUACCCUUCACCUGCAGCAGUCCUGAGAAACAGCCAAGUCCCAGUAAUAUGUCAGGGCUGUCUCCUAGUUCGUCUGGACAGGAGUUAGGACUCGACUCGGAUGUUGUCAUGGUUUAUUCAGAAGAAGAAGACAACCAAGAGAUAGACUCCAGCGAUACACUUAAAGGUCAGAGUGACGAUUCUGAACAAACCACGAAAGUAUCAAGUAUGAAAAACAUGGAACAUAAAAAUAAUGUAGACGGUGAAGUUGAAAAAUGUGAAAUUUCUCACAAAAAUGAUAAGCAAGACGAAAACCCAAUAUAUUCUUCUCAGGGAUUUGAUACCGGCACAAAAAGUGUAGACCAACAGACAAAUGAACUAUUGAAACGUCAACCAUUGCCCAAGGUUCUUUUUGAUUUGGGAGGAGCAACAAUCAACAGUGGACCAAAUAGGAAACAUAAGCUACCUCCAACUUCUCCCGAGGCAUUACUUAAACAACACGUUUCCAAGAAACCCAGGUUAGUAAUGACAUUCAGAAAGUCUCCAACUCCUACUGAAAAUCACAUCCUGAUGAUUCUGUCAUUUGUGUCACAGAUGCCGGACCCCACUAAGUACCUGGUGUCUACCGAUGUGCUUUGCUGUCUUUUAGAUUACAUAAGCUGCGUCCAAAUCGGCGAAACUCGAGCUGCCAGAGUUCUGUGUCGACUCGCCCGUAAUCCUAACUGUUUUGGGAAACUGAUCCAGUUAGACCUACCAUGGAUUGUGUAUGACAAACUCCUUUCCCAAGAAGAUAAUGACCAAUGCUGGAUAAAAAUUCUACAAGAGAAACAUUCAGGUCUAGAUAACAGGAAUAACAGAGGUCAAAGGUCAAGGUCAGUGAGUUUCUGUUCAGAUGAUUUAUCGAUUUUGGGAGAAGACACAAAUAGAGAGAUGCACGACUUUUCAACAAGUAUGAUGGACUGCAAGUCUCCCGAAGCCACUAGCUCUGCCAGAAAUUCCCUCAACACCACCCGUCAAGAUAGAGCAAAUAUUUCUAGUACUAGUACAGGAAGUGUAUCUGAGGAGGAAGAGGAGAUAUCACUGUCCAGCAGAGCAGGGAUCACUGUGCUACAAGACUUGUGUAGAAUGGCCGACAGUCCAUACGGGAGAGGGGUUGUGGCUCACAUCUUGGCCAAGCAGAAAGUCUCAAAGAUACAUAUUCUAGUCAGUCUUCUUCACAUACUAUGGGCAAGGGGUAUGUGGAAGUUCUACUUUUUCAAAAAAGGAUUAUGGAAGACAUAUGUGGACAUUCUUAAUGCUGGACCAGAUCAUCCCUACCAUAUUCCUAUCCUGGAGGCAUUCUGUUUCCUUGGGAAAAUCAUCAACUUUGACAUAAAGUUGAGAAAUGAGCACUGUGAGGAGCUAUUUGUGACCAGUGUUAUUGUGGCAAAUGAAAACACCCAGGUUGGCACAUGUCAGCAUAAAUCUCAUUGUCAUGACAUACAAUUCACUGUUCACGACACAGUGUCCACCAUCCCAGCGAGUAAGGACAGAUUAGCCAAGGCAUCGCCACUGUUUGCAGCCAUGUUGCAGGGACAGUAUUCCGAGUCCACCCAGAAUAGGAUAAUGCUGAAGGAUACCUCCUAUUAUGCUGUAAAGUUCGUUGUACACUUCCUCCACGGAUGUGACCUAGGAUGUGACGUCAUUGCCGAUAUUCUGACCUGUAAACCCGGGCCAGAGACAUGGUCCCAAUGUAUCGAGGUCCUGACACUUGUCAACAGGUAUCUUGUCGUGGACAUUGAGCCAUUCCUUAAGUCUGUGCUGUCUUCCAGGUUCUUGGGACCAAUGGAGGCUAAUAGCACCUACAGCUUUGCCAAACUGCAUGGAUAUGAAGUUCUUGCAAGUGACUGCGUAAAGAUGGUGCUUGUAGGUGGUAAAUGUGUGAAUGAUCGUAUCAGAGGGUUCAAUUUAUUUCUGAGCGGAUCAAAUUCUGAAAGAUUUUUGACUCAUUUGGAACAGUUAUUCAAGUCAAAUAUUCAUUAAGAGUAAUGACUAUUGUAACAUCAUACAACGUUAACUAAUACUGUUAUGUGAUUUUAUCUUCACAAUGCUUUAGCAAGCACAGUGACUGUAUUCAGUGUUAAUCCAGUUGCAUAAGUCUUCAUUAGAUUUCAAAGAUGUUGCCAACUGACGUUAAAUUUUCAAAUCUUAUAUUAAGCUCACCCUGAUCCAAAGAGCCAUUUAAGUGUGCUGAUGCCUCGGAGUGGCAUCCAUUUAACUUUGUCAACUUUUUCUCGAAACCUCUUUUUCUUAGGCACCUAUUGGAGGCUUGGUCAUGAUUUUUGACCAGUAUCCUUGAUUUUCUGGCAUGAAGUGAAAUUACUUUGUUUAAAAAAACCAUGUAUAAGCAUUUUCUUUUUGUACCAGGUAUACUAAUUGAAAGUACACUGUAAUUAUUUUAAAUCACAUAACAUACAUAUUUUAUUUAGAUUGAAUAAUUGUGAACAUAUCAGAUUCAAAUUUUACUUUAAAUGUACAUGUAUCAUUACUCCAUUGAAGAUUGAUAGCAAUCCCUAGUUCUGGAUCAUCUUCUGCACCAAGCAAUUGCAAAGGGUCCUAGUUGAAGUGGGGCAUAAGACCUUAUUUUAGUGUGAAAUGCUUGGCAUUCCAAAAGGUUUAUCUUGCAUGUACAAGAUUUAGCAAAUGUAGGUGAAAGAGUAUAUGAUAUAUGCUGUGGACAAAGUGACACACGGACAGAUGGACUGAUGGAAGGACGAAGUUCAAAUUUAUAGUUCCCUGCUGUAGUACCAAUAGUGGACCAAUAAGCUAAUGGAAGCCCUCUUAAUUCAGUCCUAAAGGUUUAGGAAUAUUUCAUAGUAGGUCGCUUUAAAAGGUGUAAGAUGUAAUUACAUAAUUAAAAGAAAUGAAAUUGGAAAUGUUGAAUUUGAUAUGUUGCAUACUUCCAUUGUAUUAUAAUUAUAAUUACUUCUCAGUCAUCUUUUUACAAGGAUCAUAGUAGCAUGAAUGAAAGUUGUUAGGAAUUAACCAGAGAAUAGAAACAUUACACUUAUAAUGAUCACCUAAUUAAAAAAUAUUUAGAUGUGUACUACAUCCUGAAAAUAAUGUAAGAUCAAAGAAUGAAGUUAAUUCAAUUAUGUAUUUAUAUAUGUUUAUGGUUUAUUUAUAUUUACAGUAUAACACAAUGGACUUUUCUCCCCAAUAUUCACAUAUACAUGUAUAUACAUGAUACCAGGAUAAUUGUUUUACAUGAACUUGUCUCAAUUUGAGAAGUUUUCAACUCUUAAUUAUUUUUAUGAUGGUGGAGAUAGCAUUUCAUAUCAUGUCAUGAAGGAUGAGACUGUUUUUGCUCUCAAACAUUAAUAAAAUACUUCGGAUUUGUUUGACUACACUUUGUGAUCUAACCUAUGGGAACUGAAUAUUGUGUGAGGAAAAUAACCUAAACAUAUAACUUUUUAGGGGAAAAAAUUGUUGGACCUUACAAGUGAUAUUAGUCACAUUUGUUGUGAAUUUAUCCUAAGCAUUUCAACCUUGUAGUACCUUUUUGUACAUUUUUGAAAUAUAAUUACUAAACCAUGCUUAUAUAUAUAUAUUUAUAAGGUACUGAUUAUAAAAUAUUAAUUAUUCCUGAAUGCAGUCUAAUUUAAUUCUUCUCAAAACUUUUAUGUCAAUGAAAAUGAAAUUGAAUUUUCAAAUUUUACACUUGUUGA